UGUCGCCAUCUUUUAUUAGAAAUGGGCAGCUGUUUCAUGUGGACGCAAGUUAAAUUGUAGAUUUAACAACAAUAACGACAACCGGCGUCCUUUUCAACAUAUUUUUUGUUAUCCACCAAGUGUCGGAAUGCCAAGGAGGACAAAAAAGGACGAGGACCCCGAGGAUCUGCAGACCUUCCUCAACAAUUUCCACAAGGAGAUCGAAGGCAACAGCGAUGAGAAGGUAGUGAACACGAUUUUGGAGGCCAUUAGCGCCGAGGCCAUCGACUUGAAUGAAAAUGGUGAGGAGGCUGGUGGAUCGAAACCGAUGGAGGAGGCGGAGGAAGAGCAGUUGGCUGAUGCGGAGGAAGCGGAGGAGGAGGAGGACGACGAGGACAAGUAUUUCAUAGAUGACGAGGGCAACUGCUAUAUCAAGACUACGCCCAAGAAGCAAAAGGAGCUACAAAAGAAGCUCAAACAGGCAGCUGCCAAGCCGGGAAAAGCCACACGUUCCGUGGUCAGUACAGCCACCAACAAAUCCAUCAAUUUGCGGCCAGCCAAAUCGACACCGAAAGCGACUCCAUCGAAGCCUCCCACAGAACCCAAGGCAAUUAGCGUUCGACCAGCCCGAGCAGCUGCAGCCAAGGCGAAGCAAUCGGCGAUGCCACCGCCACCGGCAUCAGUGGUCAAAGUACCGGCACCCAGGGGCAGGCCGAGAAAAAACCCUGUCAUACCGAAGCCUGAACCCAUGGAUUUGGAGCGGGAGCUAGAGGAGCUGGUAGAUGAGCCCGACAUCAGUUCAAUGGUGACCGAAUUGUCGGACUAUGCCGUAGACGAAGCUGCCGUAGAGGCAGCCACAUCUACGAUCACGCCAAACGAGGCGGAGGUCUACGAAUUUGAGGACAAUGCGACAGAGGAUGAGAAUGCCGACAAGAAGGACGUAGACUUUGUGCUAAGCAACAAGGAGGUGAAGCUGAAGCCAGCUUCUUCUACCAGCCAAAAUUCGAAUGCUUCGGGGCAUAAGUACUCAUGCCCACACUGUCCGUAUACGGCGAGCAAGAAGUUUCUGAUCACGCGCCACUCACGGAGUCAUGACGUCGAGCCAUCCUUCAAGUGCUCCAUCUGCGAGAGGUCCUUCCGAUCGAACGUGGGCCUGCAAAACCACAUAAACACGCACAUGGGCAAUAAGCCGCACAAGUGCAAGCUCUGUGAAAGCGCCUUCACCACCAGCGGCGAGCUGGUCCGUCACACUCGCUACAAGCACACCAAGGAAAAACCGCACAAGUGCACGGAGUGCACGUACGCCAGCGUGGAACUGACCAAACUGCGCCGCCACAUGACCUGCCAUACGGGUGAGAGACCAUAUCAAUGUCCGCACUGCACCUACGCAUCGCAGGACAUGUUCAAGCUGAAGCGACACAUGGUGAUCCACACCGGCGAGAAGAAGUACCAAUGCGACAUCUGCAAGUCGCGAUUCACGCAGUCCAACUCACUGAAGGCCCACAAGCUCAUCCACAGCGUGGUCGACAAGCCCGUCUUUCAGUGCAACUACUGUCCGACGACUUGCGGUCGGAAGGCUGACCUGCGCGUUCACAUUAAACACAUGCAUACCUCUGAUGUGCCGAUCACAUGCCGGCGCUGUGGCCAGCAGCUGCCGGAUCGUUAUCAAUACAAGCUGCACGUUAAGUCACACGAGGGCGAAAAGUGCUACAGCUGCAAGCUGUGCAGCUACGCUUCGGUCACCCAACGCCAUCUGGCCUCACACAUGCUCAUCCACCUGGACGAAAAGCCGUUCCACUGCGAUCAGUGCCCGCAGGCCUUCCGGCAGCGUCAAUUGCUGCGCCGCCAUAUGAAUCUCGUACACAACGAAGAGUAUCAGCCACCAGAACCGCGCGAGAAACUGCACAAGUGCCCGAGUUGUCCGCGGGAGUUUACCCACAAAGGUAAUCUAAUGAGACACAUGGAGACUCACGACGAUUCGGCGAAUGCUCGCGAAAAGCAGCGUCGCCUUAAGUUGGGCCGCAAUGUGCGGCUGCAGAAGGAUGGCACUGUCAUCACGUUGAUCAAGGAUCAGUUUGUGGAUAUGGACCAGGACCAGGAGGAAAACGAAGAGGAUGACAAUCCAGAGAGCUAUGACUUAGCUGAAAUCGAGCCGGAGAACUCGGAGGCUGAAGACGCUGAUGAUGAUGUGGAAACCAUAGUCAGUGAUCCGAUCCGUCAGAGAAUCAAGCCCGCACCUAUCAUUAUCAACAAACAGGCCAGGCUUGCCGCCUCCGAAAAGCAGCCGAUGAUCAUCAAUCAACGCCUCCGAAGUCAACGGGGCACCAAGACGUUCCACAUCAAGGAGGAGCCGGACAACUCUGACUUCACCGUGGAAUGGCAAGGGGAUGACGGCGAGGUAAUGGUCGUAGAGCUGGUUAAUGGCGACGAGGAGGUGUUGGUCAAGCACGAACCGAGCGCCAACUCCAAGAUCAGUGCCAAAAACUGCUUUGGUUUCGAGGACGACGAUGAUUAUGAGGAGUAUGGCGAUGCGGAAAACGAGGUCGAUGGCGCUUCCCAGGAGUUUCUGCAGCUGAUGGAUAUGAUUGAGCAGGAUUCUUAGUCUCCUGAAAACAAAGCUAAUGGAUAAGUAAUUAUGACUAACUUAUGUACAUACCAAGCAUACGAUAACGUAUUUUUACGUUACAUUGUUUUCUAUUUAAGUACACAUUUAAAACAGUUAGGAAACCUAUUUUUACAAGGUUAUGAAAUGGAUUUUAAAAAUGUAUUCUUUCGAAAUGAAUGUAUAAUUCUGGAUAAGCAGUUAACAUGCCGACAUGGCGACUAUUUUUAAAUGAUCCCCGACACUUAAACUUUAGUUGACAACUUGGCAUAAAUAUUUAUUUAAAUACAUUUACAUA